AUGCAGAUUCUCUGUGCAGUCAACCCAGGCUACAUUCCUCGACACAGAGCAGCCUGUUUCUGAAGUCAUGACUUCUGCCGGCUUUGACCCUUACUUUCCCUCUUCUUACAAGAGGAGAGUGGUGGUGCGCAAUGCAGGAUAUGGAGCUGGGGGAGGAAUAGGAUCCAGGACGGCCUACUCCAGCCACUCUGCCCCGAUAACUUCCUAUGCAUCCUCCCGCAGAAGUUAUCCUGCAUACUCACGGGCUUCCUCCGGCUACUCCUCCAUGCUUUCUGCCCCCGUGUCUGCAGCUGCUCCUGAGCUACGCCUUGAACAAGCCGCGCAGGUCAGCUCUGAGUUCAAAUCAUUGAGGACCCAGGAGAAGGCUGAGCUGCAGGGCCUGAAUGACCGCUUCGCAAGCUUCAUUGAGCGGGUCCAUGAAUUGGAACAGCAGAACAAGUUGCUGGAGACUGAACUUCUGCUGCUGAGGCAGAGGCAAACGGAGCCAUCCAACCUGCGGGCCCUGUAUGACCACGAGAUCCGCCAGCUCCAUGCUGCCGUAGAAGACGCUCGCCAUGAGAAGCAAGCGGCCCAGGAUCACAGGGAUGAGAUGGAGGACGUGCUGCAUGACUUGCAGAAACGCUUUGAAGAUGAAGUGCUCUGCAGAGCGGAUGCAGAGGGCAGGCUCAUCGAUGCUAGAAAGGAAACAGAUGAUGCUGCCCUGGGCCAGGCUGAGCUCGAGAAAAGAGUUGAGACCCUGCUGGAUGAGUUGGCCUUCCUGAAGCGCCUCUGCGAGCGUGAGAUCGCAGAGCUGCAGGCCCAAAUACAAUACAGCGCUGACGUGUCAGUGGAGAUGGAGGUCAUCAAACCUGACCUUUCUGCUGCUCUCCGCGACAUCCGAGGGCAGUAUGAAAAGCUGGCACAACAAAACCUCAAGUCGGCCGAAGACUGGUUCUGCAACAAGAUGAACGUGGUGACCGUGGGCACCGCGCGCAACACAGAGAGUGCGAGAAAUGUCAAAGACGAGGCCGGAGAGUACCGCCGACUCCUCAAAACCAGGACGCUGGAGAUCGAUGCUUGCCGUGAGAUGAACCAAGCUCUGGAGAACCAACUGCAGGAUGUGGAGGAAAAGCAGAGUGCUGAGAUCUCCGCACUGCAGGAUACGAUAAGUCAACUGGAGGACGAGCUGAGGGCAAACAAGAAUGACAUGGCUCGCUACCUGAAAGAUUACCAGGACCUCUUGAAUGUGAAGAUGGCUUUGGAUAUUGAAAUAGCAGCCUACAGGAAGCUUCUCGAGGGAGAAGAGAACCGUAUAAGUGUGGCAGGCCCAGCUUCUGUCACCUCUUACUCUCACGCCGCGUACGCUGCUCCACCUUACGGGAGAACCCAGUUCUCCAUGCACUCUCAGCUGAGCUCUGCACCACCCUAUCUGCUGAGCUCCCGUCUGUAUACUUCAGCGCUCGCCACGGAGGAGACAAUAUCUGCAAGCCAAGCACAGCAGGCAGAGGCAAGCCCUCCUCAAGAGGAGGAGGAGGAGGAAGAAGAGCAGGUGGAGGAGGAAGAGGAAGAAGAGGAGGCAGAGGAGGAACAGGUGGAAGAGGAAGAGGGCGAAGAGGAGGAGGGUGACGCAGAGGAAGAGCAGGAGGGUGAGGGAGAGGAAGGGGGUGAGGAGGAAAAGCAAGAGGAAGGAGAUGAAGAGGCAGGCGGACAAGAAGAAGGCGAGGCAGAGGACGGCGACAAAGGAGACGAGGAGCAAGGAGACGAGGAGAGUCAGCCUCAGGAAGGGGACGGUGGCGAACAGGAAGAGAAAGGUGGCGAUGAAGAGGGCGACAAAGUGGACGAGGAGGAAGAGAAGGUGGAGACUGAAGAGAAAACCACAGAUAAAAAAGCUUAACUUUACAUGCUUUAAAAAAAAUAGCCUCUGCUAGCAGGUACAGCUAAAGCA